AUGGCUCGCGCAGCUGCUGUGUCCCGGACAGCCUCGUCCGGCUCCUUCCAUGCAGGCGCUCCCAUUCCGACCCUAGGAAACAUCGAGUCCAGCCGGCGGACCACGAUGCGACGCCAGUCUACUCACCGAUAUCACACCUUUCCGACACCACCUCCCAAAACACCCCGCGAGCAAUCCUCGGCAGAGCUUUUCCCACAUUCCGAUGAAGAUUCCGAUGCCUCAGACGACGAUCACCGGCAGACUCCUCUGCCCGUCAAGCAGCUUGCUUUGCUUGCCUUCCUCUCCUUGAGCGAGCAGACUGCGUUGAACUCCAUCGGCCCUUACCUGCCUCAGAUGGUUGAGUCCUUCGCCGAUAUACCAGACUCUCAGACAGGCCUGUACGUUGGAAUUCUUGCCUCAGCAUUCGCCCUCGCUCAAUUAUCAACGAACCUAUUAUGGGGCUACCUAUCAGACGUCGUGGGUAGAAAACCGACCAUGGUCCUUGGAACCUUCAUGUUGGCAUGCUGUUUUGUGGGCUUCGGCUUCUGCAGAACCUACUGGCAGAUCGUAGUCGUUCAUGUGGCCAUGGGUAUGCUCAAUGGCAAUGCUGCCGUAGUUCCCACCGUUCUAGGCGAAGUGACGGACCGCUCCAAUCAAAGUCGGGCCUUUACAUGGCUUCCCGUCAUCUAUUCCCUAGGCGGUAUUACCGGUCCAGCCCUGGGUGGGUUGCUGGUUGGUACCAUGGGAAAACGGUAUCCGUAUUUGGCGCCCAACUUGCUGAGCGCAGGACUUUUGUUCAUCAGCGUGAUUGUCGUCGCAAUCUGGUUCGAAGAGACUCUGGAAACCUUAGAGCCAGACCACGCAGCAUGGAUUCCUGCCUGGGUGCGCAAAGCUUGGUCCUGGGUUUCGCGAGAAGCGCAACCCCGCAGAGGCUCAUGGGCCACGCGCUGGCCUCGCCGUGGAUCACAAGCCGUGGUCAGCACUGACGACGACGAAGAAGAGGAAGAUGACGAAGAUGAGGCAGGAGAGGAUCAAGGGUUGCUUCAGCAUGCAUCUGAGAACGAUGCCCAUGCCGAUGAUGACGCGAAGCUCCCGGGCGACCUGGCGACGUGGCGUCAACUUUUGAAUCGCAAUACGGUUCUCGUACUGUUAACCUACCUAGUAUUCCAGCUGUCCAACAUCUCCUACAACAGCUUGUACCCGAUUUUUGCCGACGCCAACCCUCCAACAGGACGCGGUCUUCCGCCAAGCAAAAUCGGUAUCAGUCUGAGUCUGGCCGGAGUGGCCACUAUUGUGUUCCAAGCUUUCCUUUUCCAGCACCUGAAGACGAGGCUGGGAAAUCUGGGCACCUACCGCAUUGCCUUGCUGGGACUGGCCGUUAGCAUGGCCCUGAUGCCUUGGAUUCCGUACUUGGAUGACGAGCCGCUGUUCGGUAUCGGCAGCGGUCCUGCCUGGCUGUACACCGAACUGGGCGUUAUCCUCAUUAUUAAGAACAUCUGCGCCGUGGGCGGCCUUUCUAGCGUUAUGCUCUUGAUCACAAACUGUGCACCUAACCAUGCCACUUUGGGAACCUUGAAUGGCAUCGCUCAGACGUUGUCCGCCGCGGGCCGCAGCUUUGGGCCAUUCGUCUCUGGCUCCCUUUUCACGCUCUCCACGCGCGUCCAUCCCAAGGGUGAGGCCCUGGUCUGGGGCAUAUUCGGUGGCAUUGCCCUCUUGGGAUGGAUUGGGUCCCUCGCUAUCCGUAAUCGCGGUCUCGAGAGUGACGACUGGGUUGGCGAGGAAGAUGGCACUGACGGCGAAACUGAGCCAUGA